UUUGCCAGUGCUUACCAAAGCCGCGUUCCCCGGCUCCUUUUCUCAUUCAGCAGCUUCAUUAGAACUGGUUAUGAAACCCAAGAAACACACAAGUAAUCAUAUUUUCUUCUGGCCACUCUACAAAAAUUGAGAAUGGGUAUUGACAGAUUCUGUAGUCUCGACGGUUCUGAUCCCUUUUGGGACUGGAACCGGACGUGGCACACCUCCAACCCAGACCUGACCCAGUGCUUCCAGAACACGGUGCUGGUGUGGGUCCCCUGCAUCUACCUCUGGCUCUGCUUGCCCCUCUACUUCCUGCACCUGCGGCACCAUGACAGAGGGUACAUAUGCAUGACCCACCUCAACAAAGCCAAAACCGUUUUGGGGCUGCUGCUGUGGGUUGUCUGCUGGGCAGAUGUCUUUUAUUCUUUCUGGGAAAGAAACCAAGGUGUUGCUAUAGCUCCCGUGUACCUAGUCAGUCCCACCAUUCUCGGCAUCACAAUGCUGCUGACGGUGUGGCUGGUCCAGUACGAGCGGAUGAAGGGAGUUCAGUCCUCAGGCCUGAUGCUGGUCUUCUGGCUGCUGGCAGUGCUGUGCGCCACCGUCUCCUUCCGCUCCAAGAUCCUGCAGGCGCUCAGCCAGCCGUCUGACGUGGACGCGUUCCGCUACAGCACCUUUUACAUCUACUUCACCCUGCUGCUGCUCUCCCUGCUGCUGUCCUGCCUGUCGGACUCACCUCCCCUCUUCUCCCAGGUUGUCCGAGACCCGAACCCCUGUCCUGAAUUGGGAGCCUCUUUCCUGUCCAAGAUUACCUUCUGGUGGAUCACAGGGCUGAUGGUGCGCGGGUACCGGCGCCCCCUGGAGGAGAGUGACCUGUGGUCCCUAAACUCAGCCGAUCAGUCUCGGGCCAUCGUCCCCCAGCUAGUGCACUCCUGGCAUCACGAGUGCAACAAGGCCAAGAGGCUGUCCGAGGGGACCGUGUACUUAGGGAAGACGUCGGCGGGGGGCGGAGAGGCGGGGGGGACGGCGGGGCGGCCGGCCGAGGAGGCCGAGGUGCUGCUGGUGAAGACCGGGCAGAAGGGCCGCCAGCCCUCCCUCUUCCUGGCGCUCUGCCGCGCCUUCGGCCCCUACUUCCUGGUCAGCUCCUUCUACAAGAUCAUCCACGACAUCCUGAUGUUCAUGGGCCCCUUAAUCCUCAGGCUCCUGAUUGAGUUUGUGAACGACUCAAGCGCCCCCUCCUGGCGGGGGUACUUCUACACCUCCCUGCUGUUUGUGUGCACCUGUGUGCAGACGCUCAUCCUCCAGAAGUACUUUCACGUCUGCUUCAUUACCGGCAUGCGACUGCGGUCUGCUAUCGUGGGCGCCGUGUACAGGAAGGCCCUGGUCAUCACCAGUGCUGCUCGGCGCAGCUCCACUGUGGGUGAGAUUGUAAACCUGAUGUCUGUGGACGCCCAGCGCUUCAUGGACCUCAUCACCUACAUCAACAUGGUCUGGUCUGCCCCCCUGCAAGUGAUCCUCGCCCUCUACUUCCUGUGGCAGACCCUGGGCCCGUCUGUGCUGGCUGGUGUGGCUGUCAUGGUGCUGAUGUUCCCAAUCAACGCCGUCAUUGCCAUGAAGAACAAAACCUUCCAGGUGGCCCAGAUGAAGAGUAAGGAUAACCGCAUCAAGCUGAUGAACGAGCUUCUGAACGGGAUCAAAGUUCUGAAGCUGUACGCCUGGGAGCUGGCCUUCAAGGACAAGGUGUCUGAGAUCCGGGAGAGUGAACUACGCGUGCUGAAAAAGAGCGCCAUGCUGGGGGCCGUUUCCACCUUCACCUGGGUCUGCGCACCCUUCCUGGUGGCGCUGUCCACGUUUGGGGUGUACGUGCUGAUAGACGAGCGGAACGUUCUGGAUGCUCAGAAGGCCUUCGUGUCUCUGGCUCUCUUCAACCUGCUGCGCUUCCCCCUCAGCAUGCUUCCUAUGGUCAUCAGCAGCAUGGUGGAGGCCAGCGUGUCCCUGAAGCGGUUGCGGGUGUUCCUGUCCCACGAGGAGCUGGAGGACAGCGUGGAUAACACUGCUAUCACUGCUUCCUCCAACAGCGUGGUUGUCUCCAACAGCACCUUCAGCUGGUCCAGAACCGACCCACCCACUCUGAAGAGGAUCAGUGUACAGAUUCCAGAAGGUUCUCUGGUUGCAGUGGUCGGCCACGUGGGCUCGGGGAAAUCGUCUCUGCUGUCUGCCCUGCUAGGAGAGAUGCACAAACAGGAGGGGUCUGUCUCCAUGCGGGGCUCCGUGGCCUACGUGCCCCAGCAGGCCUGGAUUCAGAACGCCAGCCUGCGGGAGAACAUCGUGUUCGGGGGCGAGCGGAAGGACAGCUGGUACUGGAAGGUGGUGGAGGCCUGCGCUCUGAUGCCCGACCUGGAGAUCCUGCCGGCUGGAGACGCCACCGAGAUCGGGGAGAAGGGCGUGAACCUGUCCGGAGGGCAGAAGCAGAGGGUGAGCCUGGCCCGGGCGGUGUACUGCGACCGGGCCGUGUACCUGCUGGACGACCCCCUGUCCGCCGUGGACGCCCACGUGGGGAAGCACAUCUUUGAGAAGGUGGUCGGCCCCCAGGGGCUGCUGCAGGACAAGACGCGUAUCCUAGUGACCCACGGCCUCAGCUUCCUGCCCCAGGCCGAUCUGAUCCUGGUGAUGGUGGAGGGAGAAAUCACAGAGAUGGGCUCGUACCCAGAGCUAAUGGGGCGGCAGGGGGCCUUCGCCGAAUUCCUCCGGACCUACGCCAACAACGAGCAGGGGGAGGAGGAAACUGAGCAGUCCAGCUUGCAGGAGGAAGAGGAUGGGGAAACAGACGUGUCCUUGGAAAAGAAGGGUCAGGAGAACGGGGCUCCAGCUGCACUGCUGGGCAAGCCCACCGGCCAGGCCUCUGUGCCGGUGGCUAACUCCACGCAACCAACCCUGAAGAGCCGUCAGGGCAAGAGCCAGGGCGUGGGCGAGGGGGGCAAAGCGCAGCAGGCAGGGAAGCUCACAGAUGCAGACAAAGCCAACACAGGCAGGGUGAAGCUGUCGGUGUUCUGGGAGUACAUGAAGGCCAUCGGCCUGGUCCUGUCCUUCGUCAGCGCCUUCCUCUUCUUCACCCAUCACCUGGCCUCUCUGGCCUCCAACUACUGGCUCAGUCUGUGGACGGACGACCCCGUGGUGAACGGGACGCAGCCCUCCAGCCGGAAGCGGCUGUCAGUCUACGCGGUGCUGGGCCUGUCCCAAGGUCUCUCUGUGCUCUGCUACUCCAUUUCGGUGUCAUUUGGCGGGAUCCUGGCGUCCCGGUACCUGCACCAGAGCAUGCUGUACAACGUCCUGCGGUCGCCCAUUUCCUUCUUUGAGCGCACGCCGAGCGGUAACCUGGUCAACCGCUUCGCCAAGGAGAUAGACACCAUCGACUCGGUCAUCCCCAACAUCAUCAAGAUGUUCAUGGGCUCCAUGUUCAACGUGCUGGGCGCCUGCGUCGUCAUCCUGGUGGCCACGCCCCUCGUGGCUGUCAUCAUCCCGCCCCUCGGCCUGCUUUACUUCUUCGUGCAGCGGUUCUACGUGGCUUCGUCGCGGCAGCUGAAGCGUCUGGAGUCGGUGUGCCGUUCGCCGGUGUACUCCCACUUCAACGAGACGCUCCUGGGAACCAGCGUCAUCCGCGCCUUCCGCGAGCAGGACCGCUUCAUCCGGCAGAACCAGGACCGCGUCGACCGCAACCAGAAAGCCUACUACCCCAGCAUCGUGGCCAACAGGUGGCUGGCGAUUCGGUUGGAGUUUGUGGGGAACUGCAUCGUGCUGUUUGCUUCCCUGUUCGCGGUCGUGGCCAGAAACAAUCUGAGCGCCGGACUCAUGGGCCUGUCCAUCUCCUACGCCCUGCAGAUCACCACAUCUCUCAACUGGCUGGUGAGGAUGUCGUCCGAGCUGGAGACCAACAUCGUUGCCGUGGAGAGGGUGAAGGAGUACGAAGACACAGAGAAGGAGGCGGAGUGGACGCUGGAACACUCCACACGCCCGUCUGGCUGGCCCACGAAGGGGCACAUCCACAUUCAGGACUUCGGCUUGCGCUACAGAGAAGACCUGGCGCUGGCCAUCCGCAACAUCUCCGUCACCAUCCUGGGGGGUGAAAAGGUGGGGAUUGUGGGACGGACGGGGGCGGGCAAGUCCUCCCUGACUCUGGGCCUGUUCCGCAUCAUCGAGGCGUCCGAGGGCCAGAUCUCCAUCGACGGGGUGAACAUCUCCGAGCUGGGCCUGCACGAGCUGCGGUCACACAUCACCAUCAUCCCCCAGGAUCCAGUCCUGUUCUCCGGCACGCUGAGGAUGAACCUUGACCCCUUUGAUGCGUACUCCGACCAGGAAGUGUGGAACUCUCUGGAACUGGCCCAUCUGAAGAGCUUCGUGUCGAGUCUGCCAGACAAACUGAACCACGAGUGUUCAGAGGGAGGAGAAAACCUCAGUCUGGGUCAGCGCCAGCUGGUGUGUCUGGCCCGGGCCCUGCUGAGGAAGACCAAGGUUCUGGUUCUGGAUGAAGCCACGGCUGCAGUGGACCUGGAGACCGAUAACCUGAUCCAGUCCACCAUCCGCAGCCAGUUUGAGGACUGCACCGUGCUGACCAUCGCUCACCGACUCAACACCAUCAUGGACUACACGCGGGUUCUGGUGCUGGAUAAAGGCGAGAUGGCAGAAUUCGACUCGCCCACCAACCUUAUCGCCAAAAAAGGAAUCUUUUACCGAAUGGCCAAAGACUCGGGCCUGGUCUGACUUGGAUUGUGAAGAUCCUGAAGAGCCAAAGAGUCUGUUCCUUUUUGCUUUUGGUUCAUUUUGAGCUGGUUUUUAUUUUGGGCUCCAGGUAGAGAUCCAAAGGCACUCCCGGCAGGUGUCCGCUGAACGGGGAGGUCCCCACGGCGCACCCGCCCUCAGUCACUCACCUCCACCAUUUCACUCCUCAGUUUUUAUUCUUGAUGCGUUCACUUUUCCUUUUUCUCCUCAUUUUUUAUUUGAAGUACUUUCUCGUAUCCGACGGAUUGAAAGUUUAUUUAUCGCUGCUGCUAUGGUGGGGGUCGCCCUGUGAUUAUUAGAGUUUGGACCUCCUGACUUUCAUAACUCCUGGCCUCUUCUGAAGGUUUCCCCCCAACUGAGUACAAUGUGACCUUCGACCCCUGAGCUGCACCGCACAGUGCUGGUCCUAUGCAAUCGCCUGUCCUUUCAGACGGAGAGACCGACAGGUGAGCGGCACCCUAGAGGCUUGUAAAGGACAGGCUGACGGGGAAGGGAGGUUCCUCGCUGAUGAAAAGCCGUUACCUCGAGGUCGAGGUCAAGGACAUUCUGCACUCCAUGCGGCUGUUUGUCUCGCCUCACUUCAAAGCCUCGGAAAACAUCUUUUCCCCUUAGUGUAAUUUGAACCUUUUUCUCAGGUUUGUGGGGGCGGAUUUGUGAAAAACACUUGGAUGUUUUCAAAUUUGAGGAAGUAGGUUUCCUACAGUGCAUUGUGGGAAAGCCCCACUUCCUGCUUUAUUAUGUGUAUGUGCUUUCUGUUUGUCUGACACCUGAUUAUUCUGCUUUGUGUUUAUUCGCUCCUCGGUCAGUGAACUCCACAAAAUGGCUCCUCUUACUGCUUAAGUUGUAGGUCACAACUGUCCUAAGACCAGCAACAGUACAUUUUGUUGGGGAGGUGAAUUUAGGUGAGGUCCUAAAUUUAGCUGUGAGCUGGCAGUUUCUCCAUGGUCAUUUCUAAGCUGUAGGACUAAACCACAUUGCUCAUAGGGGGGGUUCACGUAGGACCGGACCACUGACAAUCACAGGACCACCUACCCCUCCAACACAGUCUGAAGAAGGCUUACUGUGCAGUUCAACUGCACGUACAGUCUUGCUGAAAUGCCAUUUUUUUCUGUCUUGAAAUCUCAUUGACAGCAGAAAUAUUUUUGUUUGCUUUGAUACGUUACUCAGCUUUUAGAGGUCAAAUAAUGAAAAAAGACAACUGUACUUUUACAUAUUUAUACUACUGUAUAUAGGAAUAUUGUAUUUCUUAUGCGUAAAUUUCAGUUUAUAUUUUUGCGUAUGUUUAUUUCAUACCAGGAAAUGUUACAGGGUGAUGUGUAGAGGCCGUAAUAAAUUAUUUUGUCUUUGACUUGGCUCCAUGACAGGAAUUGAGGUCACAAGUGUCAAGCAUUUCUGUUUUCAGUACAUAGUUGUCAGACACCACUUUGUUUGUACGUGUACAGUUAAAGUCACAUCAGCCUUUAUUACCUCCCAUAUAGGGGCCACUAUAACCAAACUUUUUUAUAUGGCAUCCUCAAUAGAGCUAAAAUAUGUUGAAUUUUGAUUCUUAUGUUUUUAAUGUAUUGCUUUACCUUCUGAUUUUGAACAAAUCCAAUAGACGCGUCUCUAGUCUGUGGGUUAAAUACCUCCCGCCAGUUGUUUGUAAGGCAGUUUUCAUGGGAGAGUGUGCAGCUGUACGCUUUGUGCACAAAGAUAUGACAUGAGUGCAAUGGAUAAAAUAUAAAUACUUUUUUGACUUGAACACUCAA